AGUGUUUUACACUAAAAGCGUUUGAAAUCGUAACCGCAAUCUGCGCAGAAURGAGWGGAAGAAAAUAGCUUAAGAUAAUGCCUACAGGUCACGAGGGCAUCCGGCGAAUCAUGGGUAACGGUUAGCGAGUUGAGAUCUUUUUCCUCCCCAGUUGCCUGGUUAUUGCUAACUCAAUUAGAGUCAUUUUAAAAGAUGCCGCGAGCCAAUCACGUACUCCGUUUCAAGAAAUUUAUAAAAAGGAAGUAGGYGACUCGAGCAUUCUAAAAUAUUCACUAGCCGAAGAAGUGCGAAGAUAUUGCUUGUGAAGGGCAUCGCAGUGUAGUUGACAUUUUCAGAGAAACAUAUCGUGCCCUGAUUGAAGAGCCUUUGUUGUUUAGACUCGAAACUAUGAAAUUCGUGUUUUUGAUCGUUGUCAUUUUAUCGGAGUUUGCUGAACGAACUGGAAGCCUGGUAGUGCGACCUCACAACAGUUAUUCAACAAGAAUAUGGAGAAUUCGUGUACAAGCAGCCAUUGGCUUGAUGCGUUCUCACCCUUGCGUCAACUCCCAGACCAGCCAUAACUGCAACCGAAUACCUCGYAUCCCACUCCAGGACAUGAACGUUUACAUUGCUUCCAAGAGUCAUCUAAACGAAAGGCUAAGAGCAAGGCUUCCAGAUCGCAAACAUCGCAGCCUAUUGCCCAACGAUCGUAACAUUGAUGGAGUGAUUGUGAUYGAUCCUUAUCCCGAGGCGAACUUUGGACAUCUUGUUUAUAUAUUCUUUGUCGAAGAAAAUCGCAGUCAUCUCAACUGCACACGGAAUCUGACCGCUACUUUCACUGGAGCUGGGGAUUGUAUUAUCGCAGCAACAAAGUCGCACUGCAAAAACGCAGUAAGCAUCAAAAAGCGCAAAAAAUGUUACAUUGACUUUCUGCCGCUAGUAUUUGCUGAUGGUGACACAACAAGAAGUCAAAAACUCUCCUGUCAGGACAGACUAUUUGGUUUUGGCAAAUGCAGACCUAUCUCAUCGUCAAGAUCCUCGCAUCAGCGAUGUGCAAAYUCUCCCCGUUGUCUAAAUAAUCCUAAGCCUCCAAGAAAAACCUGCUUCUACCAGAGUUGUGACUACGCUGUGCUUGUUUCGGGAGGUUGGGCUCCAUUGACGGAUCACCCGCGCCACGCGUACAACGUGAAAAACUUCUGGAAGUUUCUCAUUGAUAAUAAAUUCGACAAAAAGAACAUUGCGACUUUCUACGGCAGUGAUGGCAAUAUUGAACUUGAUGGUGAUCGUUCUACCCGAGAUGCAUUGCCUGCGAUAACUGACGUCGGUAUUUCCGAUUACGUCUCGAAACUAUGCCGAGCACUUUGGUGCGUCGACACGCUGGUUUUGUAUCUAACUGGACCAGCGAGGAGCAACGGGGCUCUUUUAAUGUGGGACAUAAAUGCCGAUGGCCUUACUGAGAACAAGGAAAUGUACUCCAUUUACGAGAUCUUUAAAAAUCUYCGUCACUGCAAUGCUAAGCGUGUUUUCAUCAUCGCCGAUUACAGCUACUCCGGGCAUUUGUCGCAGAGACUUCACGAGCUUAAAAGACAUCGUCAUCGGAAGUCGUACAGUCACAUUACUGUACUAACGUCCUCACAGUCCAACGAAUAUUCUUGGCGUAAUGAAUUUACACAGACUCUUAUCAAAUACGGCAAGCAAAACGUCACUAAGUCCGUACACGAAUUGUUCCAGGAUGUCAAAGAUAAUUUCAAAAAGCGAGGGAUCCAUUCAACACCAACACUUGCCAAUGGAUUACAUAACACUUCCAAUGUAACAAUUUAUGGAGGGAAAAGUGGAGAGCAAUGGAGCACAGCGUCCAAUUCUAGUAUGGGAUGUCAUGGUAUCUCAAUAACGGAGUACAGCAAAGGUCAUAAAAUGUUAAAGUUAAAGAAAGACAACUCAUGAAAGACAGAAAAAAAUGAAAUAUUGUAAAUACAUAAUAUUCGAGUCAACGUCGAAAGAAUAAGAACUUUUGUAUGUAAAGAGAGUUUAUUACAUUGAAAACCGUCAUGACUGCCGUAUUUGAUGGGAAUGCAUUUGAGUAUCAAUUUCAAAAGACAAAAUUCCUCAUCAAAACACGCAAUGCGAAUUUAUGAUGUGUAUUUAUGUAACCGAUAUUCACAUGUAGCCCAUAUGGGGUGAAAGAGAAGGGAAAUCUAACGGCUAUCUUGGUAAUCUCUCUGAUGUGAAAAAGAUUAGCUUAAAAAACAAGAAACAUUGUCAAAGAAAAUACUCCACAAAAACUUCCUAUGUUUGUAGAUGCAAUUUCUUGUAGGUAGUAGUUUAACAAAUUAUCUAAUCCCAUAGGGAGACUGUUUCUUUUAGAUGACCUUUCUUUUCAAUGAAAUUGCAACAAGAGGGUUAUUUUUAUUGAUUAUAAAUAGAUAUGUAUUAGAUUAUUUGUAUUCACCUUUUAUUAUCAGAACUGUAUAUGCAUGAUACAGGACAUCCCGUGUACAGUAUGUUUUUAUAUAAUAAAUGUCAUAUUAAAUGAAGAA